UAUGGUUACCCGCGAAGUCCAUGCGGCGAGGAGAGAAGAGGGAAGAGUGCGAGGCACAAGAAUGUCCACAAGCAUGGCGAUUUUGCAGGGCCUUCAGACAUUUCUGCUCUCACAAACCUUCAUCACUAUCACUUUUCCAUUCGCGCUAGGCAAACUCCAAAGCAAUUAUUCUCUUCGCUUCUAUUCUCAUUCCGAUCUCUCUUGCACGUUCAAAACCACAGCUCCCUCGCGUUCAACUUUGAUCCAUGAUUUCUCUUCCACGCCGUUGGAAAAUGUCCGCACGUGUUUUUCUUGGCCGGUGACACCUAUUUGGCUGAGGUUCAUAUUCUCCGGAAAUGGGGAUUCCGGAAAAUAUUGUUGUUGGUUCUCAUGUUUGGGUUGGAGAUCCAGAAGUAAUUUGGAUUGCUGGCCAGGUACUGAGUAUCAAUGGAGAAGAUGCUGAAAUUCAGAUUAGUGAUGAGAGGAAGGUUGUUUCCCAUUUGUCAAAAUUAUAUCCAAAGGAUAUCGAUGCACCAGCUGAUGGAGUUGAUGACAUGACCAAGCUUGCUUAUUUGCAUGAGCCAGCAGUGCUGCAUAAUUUGGAAACUAGAUAUGCGAUGAAUGAAAUAUAUACUUAUACCGGAAAUAUUCUCAUUGCAAUCAAUCCCUUCCAAAGUCUUUCACAUCUCUAUGAUACUAAUGUGAUGCAAAGAUACAAGGGAUCAAUGGUUGGAGAUUUGAGCCCACAUGUUUUUGCUAUUGCUGAAGCAGCAUAUAGGGAAAUGAUGAAUGAUGUGAAAAGCAAUUCUAUUCUUGUUAGUGGUGAGAGUGGUGCUGGUAAGACAGAAACCACCAAAAUGCUUAUGCAGUACCUGGCAUAUUUAGGUGGUCACACUGCAUCAGAAGGCCGAACAGUUGAAAAACAAGUUCUAGAGUCAAAUCCAGUUCUUGAAGCAUUUGGUAAUGCAAAAACUGUUAGAAAUGACAAUUCCAGCCGUUUUGGAAAAUUUGUUGAGAUCCAAUUUGAUAAGUUUGGACGAAUAUCUGGUGCAGCCAUUAGAACUUAUCUGCUUGAGAAAUCUCGUGUUUGCCAAAUCUCAGAUCCUGAGCGUAACUAUCACUGUUUUUACCUUCUCUGCGCUUCUCCUCCAGAGGAAAAGGAGAAAUAUAAGUUGGGAGAUCCUAAAUCAUUUCACUACCUUAACCAAUCCAAUUGCUACGAAUUAGUUGGUGUUAAUGCUGCUCAAGAAUACCUUAGCACCAAGAGAGCCAUGGAUAUUGUGGGAAUCAGUCAGGACGAGCAGGAUGCUAUUUUCAGAGUUGUAGCUGGUAUUCUUCAUCUUGGAAAUAUUAACUUUUCAAAAUCAGAAGAAACUGAUUUUGCAGUUCUAGAAGAAGAAGAAUCCAAGUUUCAUCUGCAAACAACAGCAGAACUUCUUAUGUGUGAUGUGCAUGCUUUGGAAGAUGCACUGUGUAAGCGUAUGAUGGUUACUCCAGAAGAAAUCAUCAAAAGAAGUCUUGACCCUCUGGGUGCCACAGUUAGCCGGGAUGGUUUAGCCAAAACCAUAUAUUCUCGUUUAUUUGACUGGUUAGUUCAAAAAAUUAAUAUCUCCAUUGGGCAGGAUCCUAGCUCAAAGUGUCUCAUUGGUGUUCUUGACAUAUAUGGCUUUGAAAGCUUCCAAACAAAUAGCUUUGAGCAGUUUUGUAUAAAUUUCACAAAUGAAAAGCUACAGCAACACUUCAACCAGCAUGUGUUUAAGAUGGAGCAGGAGGAAUAUACAAAAGAAGGGAUUGACUGGAGCUACUUAGAAUUUGUAGAUAAUCAAGAUGUACUGGAUCUCAUUGAAAAGAAACCUGGUGGAAUUAUUGCUCUGCUUGAUGAAGCUUGUAUGUUUCCUAAGUCAACUCAUGAAACAUUUUCACAGAAGCUUUAUCAGACAUUCAAAGAUCACAAACGCUUCAUUAAGCCAAAAUUGACACGUUCAGACUUCACUGUUUGUCAUUAUGCAGGAGAUGUUCAGUAUCAAUCUGAGCACUUUUUAGACAAAAACAAAGACUAUGUUGUUCCUGAACAUCAAGAGAUGCUAAGUGCUUCCAAAUGUUCAUUUGUAUCAGGUCUUUUCCCCCCACUUUCUGAGGAGUCAGCCAAAUCUUCUAAGUUUUCUUCCAUUGGUUCUCGUUUCAAGCUACAAUUACAACAAUUGAUGGACACACUCAAUCUGACAGAGCCACACUAUAUUAGAUGCGUGAAGCCAAAUACACAACUAAAACCUUUCAUAUUUGAACAUAUGAACGUCAUCCAACAAUUACGAUCUGGUGGUGUUCUUGAAGCAGUAAGAAUUAAAUGCGCUGGAUUUCCCACUCACUGGACCUUUCAUGAUUUUAUUACUCGAUUAUGGAUUCUUGCUCCGGAGAUUCUUCGUGGGAACUUUGAUGAAAAAGAUUCGUGUAAAAAGAUUUUGGAGAAGAUUGGGCUGACAGGUUAUCAGAUAGGGGAAACAAAAAUAUUCUUAAGAGUUGGUCAGAUGUCUGAAUUGGAUGCUCGAAGGGCAUUCCUGCUUAGUAGUUCAGCUACUGUUAUUCAAAAGAAUGCUAAAACUCGUUGUAGUCGGAAAACAUAUAUUGAUUUGCGAAAGAGCUCUGUUUUCCUACAAUCCAUUUGCAGAGGAGAAUUGGCUCGAAGAUUGUAUUAUCACAUGAAAUAUAGGCAAGUUGCUGCAGUCAGAAUUCAAAAGCAGAUGCGACGAACACUAGCUAGGAAGCAGUAUGUUGAAAUAAAGUUCUGUGCAAAUGUGUUGCAGACAGGUUUUCGAGCAAUGGCUGCUUGUAAUCAAUUUAGAUAUAAAAAGCAAGCAUAUAGAAAGCAGACUAGUGCAUCAAUAACUAUUCAGUCCUAUUGGCGUCGACAUAAAGCUCUCGUUGACUAUCAGAACCUUAAGAAAGCACCAAUCAUUCAACAAAGCAGCAGCUCCUGUGAUACACAGGAAGAGAAGGUUUCAGAGACUCCUCUGCAAAAUGAAAGUCCUUCUAUGGAAGAAUCUUCAUAUCCCGUGCAUGAAGAAUCCUCAAAUCCUGUGCAAGAAGACGAAAGUAUUGAAGCUAUCAGGGAUUCUUCUAGUCCUCUCAAAGACACUGACAAGAUUGAGGUUCUUGCUGUAGAAAUAAAAAACUUAAAGGUAAAGUAUAGUAUAUCUACUACCGAAUAUCUAUAAAAUAUGCAAAAACUUAAAGGUA